AGCGACAUUAGUGAGCGAUAAAGAUUUGAACAAUGGAUAACAAAAUGUAUUGUGUUCAAACGUGUGGAUUAUGUGAAACCAUAUGUGAUGAGGACGAAGUACCCACACAUGAGUGUCUUCAAGGAUAUUCUAAUUUCAUUACAGAUGAUAAUUUGUACUUUUACCCUCUAUUAGAGGAUGGUAAAACUAUUGUUAAAAGAAGCUUGAUACAGGGCGCUGAAACAAUAGCAUCUGUACCUUUUCAUGGUGAUAAUCAAGAGAAUAUUCGAUCCAUUAAUAAUAAUAAAGAUUCCAAUCAAAAGAACGCAAAAGUAAAACUGUCACCUGAAGAGGAGAAGAUGCUAAUAUUAGAAGUCCAAUGCAGAGAACCACUAUGGAAUUUUAGAUUACCUCUCAUUCAAAGGAAUUGCAGAAUUACAAGAGCUUUGUGGGAAGAAGUUUCUAAAGCUCUUAAUGGGAAAUUAAGUGCAGCUGGAUGUAAAAGCAAGUUCAAGAAUUUUCACGACACAUAUAGAAGACUUGUGAACGCUGAGAAACUACCAAGUGGAUCUGCUUCAAAAAGCAACAUAAGCAAAUGGAAACAUUAUAAAAGUAUGGAAUUCCUUCGUAAUAGCUGCUUACAGAAAAGUACAAUUUCUAAUAUUAACGAUGGAGACAGCAGCAGUAUUACCGAGAAUGAUAAUGAAUUAGAUUAUCAAGAUGAGGAUAUGUUAGCAAUUACUAAUAAUGAAGAUAGUCAAGAUACGAGUAGAUUAGGAGAUCAUAUAAGAAAGAGAAGGCGAACGGAGUCACAAAACAGCCACUUAGAACGUAUAGCAGAUGCUUUAUGCCAACCACCUCCUAACAUUGUUCUUCCACCACCACCCUCUCAAGAAGACCAUAUAGAUGCGUUCUUAAAAUUAUUUGGCCAUAACUUAAGAAAGUUAUCGCCAGAAAAACAAGAUGAAUGGAUUUAA